AUGUUCUCUUCUUUGUCCAGUCUAUCACCUCGUCAGCUCCUUGGUCAGGCUAUGAACUUUGCGCUGGUACUAUCAACGGCGUUCAUGCUAUGGAAAGGAUUGUCGGUUGCUACCAAUUCCCCGUCACCAAUUGUAGUCGUGUUGUCAGGUAGCAUGGAGCCUGCGUUCCAGAGAGGAGACUUGCUAUUUCUAUGGAACCGGGGCAUGGAGACAAAAAUUGGGGAGAUUGUGGUGUACAAUGUCAAAGACAAGGACAUCCCAAUAGUACACAGAGUCGUAAGGCGAUACGGCGGAGGUGACCAGCCAUUGCAGCUUCUCACUAAGGGAGACAAUAACAUGGCUGACGAUACGGAGCUCUACGCGAAAGGCCAAGACUAUCUGACGAGAUCAACAGACAUAAUUGGAAGUGUGGUGGGCUAUGUGCCAUUCGUUGGCUAUGUAACAAUAUUACUCUCAGAGCAUCCCUGGCUGAAGUCAGUCUUGCUAGGCAUAAUGGGUCUCAUGGUUGUUCUGCAGAGAGAAUGA